GCGACUGCAAUUAACUCUUAAAAUUAUUAUCAAAAUUUACAAUGAAUUAGUAAUUCAGAAAAUAUAUUAUGCCGCUAAUAUCGACAGAUUUACGAGGGAAGAAUAUUCGGCGGCUCGCCUGAAUCAAAUAGAUCAACAAAACAGAGCAUCCGCCGCCGCUGCCGCCGCAAUGGCGAUCGCUCUCUGCUUCACCCCAUUAUUCUGCCACCACAAACAACUCAUCCCUCCAAAAAUCCCACUCUACAAACCCUUCACUAACCCCAUCGCCAUUUCCGCCAGAUAUUCCACCGCUGCUAGAUUUUGCGUUAAUCAAAUUCAUGAAAAUUCAGCUGCAGAUAAGCCCAGAUGGGAGGAGUGGCUGGCCGCUGCUGCCAGCUUGUACCCUCUUUACGUGACGGUUGGCGGAGUGGUUGCUUUCGUCAGACCCUCCACUUUUUCGUGGUUCGUGAAUAUGGCUCCCAAUUCGUAUAGCUUCACGCUGGGGUUGAUUAUGCUGUCUAUGGGGAUUACUUUGGAGUUCAAAGAGUUGAUCGAUCUGUUCAGGCAAAGGCCAUUUUCCAUCCUUUACGGAUGUGCUGCCCAAUACACAAUUAUGCCUUCCUUUGGAUGGAUAGUUAGCAAGUUGUUGGGGCUCUCACCAUCUCUUUCAGUAGGUUUGAUACUGCUCUCUUGUUGUCCGGGAGGAACUGCAUCGAACGUGGUUACCUUAAUUGCGCAAGGAGAUGUUCCAUUGUCAAUUGUAAUGACAGUAUGUACCACCCUUGGAGCUGUGAUUCUUACUCCUCUGUUGACUAAGAUUAUUGCCGGAACUUUUGUACCCGUCAAUGCUGCUAGUCUGUCCAUGAGCACCUUGCAGGUGGUAGUUGCUCCAAUUUUGCUCGGUUCUUAUCUACAGAGCACAUUUCCUGAAGUCGUGAAACUACUCACUCCUUUUUCCCCGCUGGUAGCUGUUCUGUCUUCCUCAUUGCUUGCUUCCAGUGUAUUUUCAGAAAAUGUCAUCCGCCUGAAGUCUUCUUUUGGUUCAUCAUUGUCAUCUGGUCCAUCUCCGGUUAAUAGUGCUCAAUCCAUGCUCUCCAAUGAGUUGGGUGCUGUUGUACUUUCAGUAAUAUUGCUACAUUUUGCAGGUUUCUUCGUGGGGUAUCUAUCUGCAGCUUUAGGUGGGUUUAAGGAACCACAGAGGCGUGCAGUAUCAAUCGAAGUCGGCAUGCAAAAUUCCUCUUUAGGAGUGGUUUUAGCUACGUCCCAUUUCAUCUCGCCUAUGGUGGCAUUACCUUCUGCUAUGUCUGCAGUACUCAUGAAUAUCAUGGGCAGCAGUCUAGGCUUCUUCUGGAGAUACAUCGAUCCAUCUGAUCAAAAGGAUCGUCCUAAAGUUGCUGAAGAGUGACGGCAGUGGACUCAUCCCAUACUACAGCCUACUUCUGGUAAGGUUUCGGCCAGCUAAAUGACUAAUUAGUUCUGGUUAACCUUUGCUACUACUUUCCAUCUAAAUUCUCUGUGGAAAUACAUGACUACUGCUUGCAGUGAAGAUGUUAAUAUCUGUAAGAUCCAUAGUUUCUAUCUUGGUAGGUUCAUAGCAGUUGUAAUUGAGUAUGCUAGCUUCGAAGAACUCCAAAUUAAGUAACUUAGUAACUUUUUCCAA